AUGGCAAAAGAUGAGAGGAGUGAUAAAGAUGACAACUCAGUGGAUAAUAGCCGGAAGCUCCUCUUUGAAACGAAUAAGGUUGACACAUCCAUUCAGGUUGGGAGUUCGCUGGAAAAUGCAAGGGAACGCCGAACCAAUUCCUCGUUGUAUAAUCUGAGACGCUCGCACUUGUCGUUCACAAGGGGGUCCUGGGAGGCAUCAGAAUACAUCGAUUUCGAUGACCUGCUUCCAAUGCUCGGUCAGUUUGGCUGGUUCCAGAAGCGACUGUUUCUGUUCAUGAUUCCCUUCUGCUACAUUACCGCCUUCGUGUACCUGGGACAGAUAUUCAUGACCCUGACUCCCAACGACUUCCACUGCUUCGAGCCCGAGUUGGAGCUGAUGACGGACAAGGAGUUGCGCAAGCAGCUCUCUAUUCCCCGGGAGAAGGAUGGCUCAUACAGUCAAUGCCGAAUGUAUGAAACCAACUACUCGAGGAUCCGCUAUGCCCGGAACAAGACGGCUAUGAUCGACACAUCGUUGCCCACGAUGCCCUGCCAGCACGGAUACGUGUUCAAUACCUCGGAGAUGCCCUUUGUCACGGCCACCAUGGAGUUCGGGUGGGUCUGCAAGGAUGACAAGUAUGCCACCUACGCGCAGAUCAUAUUUUUCGUUGGCUCCAUUGUGGGCUGUCUGGGUUACGGAUACUUCGCGGACCACUGCGGUCGGGUGGCGGCCCUGGUCAGCAGUUGCUCCCUUGCCAUCAUUGGUAGCAUAGGCACAGCCCUGUCCCAGAAUUUCCUGGCGUUCGCUGUCUUUAGGUUUUUUGUGGGCGCCUCCUGUGAUACGUGCUUUACCAUGGUGUACAUUUUGGUUCUGGAGUACAUUGGACCCAAGUACCGAACCCUUGUGGCCAACUUGUCCCUACUGCUGUUUUACUCGCCCUUCACCAUGCUGAUGCCGUGGAUUGCGCUGGCCUCUAGAAACUGGCGGACAUUCUCCAUCAUGGCCGGCCUGCCUCUUUGCUUCGCUAUGUUAUCCUACUGGGUUCUGCCCGAGUCAGCACGCUGGCUCGUUUCCGUGGGCGAGAUUGAUAAGGCCAUGGAGAUCUUGGAAGAAUUAAUACAGGUGAACAAGAAGCAUCUUCCGCCCUGGAUCCUGGAACUGUUCGAGAGAUGCUGCCUGCAGUUCUACAAGGAGGAAAUGCACGGACGUGAGUUUACGGUAUUCUCGAUAUUUAAAUACCGGCGCAUGGCCUGCUAUAUGGUCCUGAUGAUCGGCAUUUGGAUGGCCAUGUCGCUGGUGUACGAUGGCCAUGUUCGGGCGGCUAGUGUCCUUGACUCGCAUAAUGUCUUUCUCUUCUUUACGAUCGCCUGUGCCACAGAGCUGCCGGGCAAUAUCGUGGUGAUCCUCACCCUGGAUCGUUUCGGACGCCGUUGGUGUUCCUUUGCCUUUACCAUGUUAAGCGGCCUCUUUAGUUUGGUCGGUGCCUGCAUAGUGAACGCGACGCAUAUGAAGAAUUUAGCGCUGGCCGGAAGGCUCUUCGCCAACAUGUGCUACAACGUUGGACUCCAGUGGGCGGCGGAGAUGCUGCCGACGGUGGUGAGGGCUCAGGGUGUCUCCUUUAUCCACACGAUGGGCUUUGUGGCCAUGAUGAUGUCGCCGCCGGUGGUGUACCUCUCCCAGCUUUCCUUUUCCCUCAUGCUAAUCGUUCUGGGCGUCCUGGGAAUUUUGGCUGGAGUACUGGCUCUCUUCCUGCCGGAAACCCUCAAUCACGAACUACCCCAGACGCUGAGCGAGGGCAAUGUCUUUGGAAAGAAUCAGCGGAUGUGGCAUGCACCGUGCUGCGGACCAGGAGCAAGGCGAUCCGCGCGAAGAAACUAUUUGCAUCAGGGUUCCAGCCUGCGUACCUUGUCACGGGAUGAGUUCCGCUCCAAGCGGAUGCUGCGCCGCACCAGCCCGCCGCUCAUUAGCGAAAACACAUCGAUGCUAACUACACGGAGUGUCGAUGAAAAGGAAAUUCGAACUUAUGACUAUAAGUAG